AUGAACGCCAUCUGUCAACAAAGCGAAUGCACUUUCAGCAUUAAUGUGAAUUAAAAAAAACAAACGAUUUUUUUUUUGUUUUCUUCUUUGAAAAUCACAUUUUAAAAGUAAAUUUUGUUUUAAAACCGAAUACUUGAGUUUGAUUUGCAAAUUGAAUUUUUAAAUGUUGAGAAUAGCGAUAAUCAAUCGAUUUUCAUUCGAAAAUUGAUAGUGAUGCACCACCAAAAUCUGCUGAUGAUAGAUCGAGAUAGCUGUCAAACUUGCCACUUGAUGUGCGAAUACCUGAAACGUUUUUUGCAAACAGUGAUUACAGUUUACAGCGCUCCGAACAAUACACAAUUAUUGCAAGCAAAAUUAUUCAAUUCUCAAGAGUCAUCCUAACAAUCGAUCGAUCGUUUUUGGAAGAAAUUCAAUUUUCCGACAUUCAGUCAAAAUCAAAACUCAACCUUUCGCAAUAAAUAUAAAACAUAUCCAAAUAACAUUGAUCAAACCGUUCGUGUAUUUUGUUCAAUUGUGAAAUAACACGAAUCAAUCAGCUCCGUUUUUGUGCAACGACGACGCACAUUGAACGUUCGAACGCCAUUACAAGCCGCUGAGUCAGCAUUUCAUUUUCUGGAAAGAACAUUUGGACUACACUUGUCGAUCACGUCAUUAUUUUCCGAGAAACCACGACAAAUCGAAAUGGAUCAACGAAAUUUGGAACGCGAGCAGGCAAACGGAGUCAAUGGACAACAACAGCCAUCGGCUAACGAACGACCACCGCAGAUCUUCAAACUGAACGUCGAUUAUUUCGAGAAAGUGUUUGAGUAUCUGUCAAUCCGUGAUCUACACUCGUUUGGGCAAACAUGCACACGAAUGCAAAAAGUUGCCGGCUACUAUUAUAAGGAAGAAUUUUCAAAAGAUCUUUUUCACCAUGAUAGUGAAUUUGAUGGUUUUCGCGAAUAUGUUGAAUAUAUGGGCACAGGAAAAGAAGGGGUUGACUGGAAUAAAUUCAAAUCAGUUAAGAAAAUCUAUUUCGAUGUUCUUUGUACAACAUUUAUCGAAAAGAUUCCCAAGGAAAUCUUAAACAAAAUCGAAGAAAUUGAGUGUAAUUUUUGCACACCGCAAUUUUUUGAAGAUGUUCUCGUACAUUUUCCAAACCUAAAAAGUUUCAAUUUCGGCUUCUCCGCGAACGAUGAUGAUUGGCUCACACGAAAAUAUCCAAAACUUGAACAUGUGUCAUGGAUUUCACUUACCGGUGAAGGUAAAAGUGCUGGCAAAUUGCAAACAUUUUUCGAGAAAAAUCCGACAAUUCGUUCAUUUGAAAUGGAUCCAAUGACUAUCUGCUCAAUGGGAACAUCGAUGGCGAAAGCCAAAUUGGACGACUUGUAUGUCGAUUUGUUCCAGUCUCACCUUGAUCGCAUCCCGGUUGAAACGUUCCGCACUGUAACACAAUUUUUGUACGAUAAAGGCGCAUUUAAACGCAUACACCUUACAAUUCAUGCUAAUAAGUGUUCAAUUGGAGAAUAUACGAAGUGGAAGUCCCCAUUUUCGCUUUCUACAGUUCACACCAAAGGUAUCGAUUUAUCACCACUUGUACACUUGGGAGAGCUAGGAUUUCCACAAUUCCAGAGUGCACACAAAGAUUUCGUAAACAUGAUAAACAAUCCAGCAUUAUCGAAGGGCCUCGAAAACCUCAAGAAGCUGUAUUUCUGGGAAGCCCAUAUCGAUAAUAUUUUACCGUUCCUCCACUUGUCACCAAAACUGGAAAAGAUCAUCGUCGAACACGAGAUUUUAAAAAAACCCGUAUUCAUUGAUCCAGUCGCGUUGAAUCGUGAGCGCAAAAAACUGUCUGAACAAUUGGCCAGCAAAGGAAUCAAUGUGAGCAAAGUGACGUUUUUCAUUCCUGAAUCGAAUUACUUGGAAACAAAAUGGAAAACCGUUGACACUAACUUCAAAUUCAUCGAAAUUCGACGCUGCCCUGGCGAGAUUCUAUAAACAAAAAUGUGUUCCUGAUGCAAACUUUCAUUAUGAAAAUAAGAAAAUUCCCAUUCGAAUGAAUAACAUUAUCUAAUAUUAUAUUUUGUAAUACGGAAAACACGCAAAUUUUUGGAAAUAAAUAAAGCAAACCGAGUUCAUUUUGAAA